CCUGGACCGAUCAGCGAAAUACUAGGCAUGUUGGCCUAUGCAUUCGCUCAAGUACAACCGUUGCUUCCCUUGUAUACUCACCUCGUUCUCUCGGCACUGUUUCCUAUCAUCACAGGUGCUUAUUCUUCACUUUCACGACCUUCAUCAGCAGCAAAGCCUGUUAAGGACUCAAAGGCCCAGCAGAGAGCUGAUGAGCAAGACGACCCAGAUGAAGAUGAGGAUAGCAUUCAGAAGAUGGAGGGAUUGAGUCCCAGUGAUGCCGUCAUAUUUCCUCUUCUCGCAGGAUGUACUUUGGGUGGCCUUUACUUGCUCAUCAAGUACAUGGGUGCUUCGUUACUGAACAAGGUUUUACGCUGGUACUUUUCGGCAAUGGCCAUAUUCAGUGUUGCUAAACUCAUCAACGAUGGUCUUGGUGUAGCUGAGUCUUUCUGUUUCCCACACUACUACACCGAAGGAGGCGUCUUGUGGAAAGUCAGCCAACCCGAAAAGAAGGCGAUUCACUCAGCCAUUUGCACGAGACCGUCUCCUCUACCAGGAGUCUUGGGUCGCAUCAUUCUUCCUCAACGCAUCCUUGACAUCUUUUGGAUCAUGCGCGGUCUUCUUAGACGCAAGUACCGUUUGCGAUUCCAACUGUCCAGCUUGAUCAAAUUCAAGGUCACUCUUACGCUUCGCACAAUCCUUUCGACCGCGGCCGCACUCGCAACCAUCUUUUGCUCUAACUUUGUGAUGGACACAUGGUGGCUUACCAACCUGCAAGGAUUUGCUUUUUCGUACAGUGCGCUACAGCUCAUGUCCCCUACCACAUUUGGAACCGGCUCCCUUAUUCUGAGCGCCUUGUUCUUCUACGACAUCUACUUUGUCUUCUACACCCCUCUGAUGGUUACUGUGGCCACCAAACUCGAUGUGCCUAUCAAGCUGCUGUUCCCAAGACCCCUUGAAGAUGGACAGGUCGCUGCGGACAGGAAGCUGGCUAUGCUCGGUCUGGGAGACAUCGUGAUUCCUGGAAUGAUGGUCGGACUCGCUCUGAGAUUCGAUCUCCAUCUGUUCUACCUAAAGAGACAGUCAAAGCGUGUCAAGUCUACUCAAAUCUAUGCCGACAAGAAACAGGACAACAGUGCAAGUAAGGUCGAUGAAGAAGUUCAGAAAGAACCCUACCGUCCAGUCACUGGCCACUGGGGCAACAAGUUCUGGACCACCUCCUGGAUCGGCCGCUCUUUGCUACCCAAGUACGAACCCAAGAAACCCACUCGCAAUCCUAUCCCUACAUUCUCAAAGCCAUAUUUCUAUGCUUCAAUUGUUGGCUACAUUCUUGGAAUGUGCGUCACGCUGGGUAUCAUGCAGGUCUUCAACCAUGCUCAACCUGCCCUUCUCUACUUGGUCCCUGGUGUUCUAGGAAGUUUGUGGUUGACCGCCCUAGUCAGAGGGGAAAUCAAGCAAAUGUGGAACUUUACCGAAGCCAGCGACGAAGACGAAGAAGAGGACAAAGACGAACAGAAAGAAAAGGCCAAGAAGGAUGCAGAGAAAAAGGACGAAGAC